AUGGCCACAGGCACAGAUUUUAUUACGGUACAGUAAAUUUAUAUGAGCAAAUGUUGUGAAGGUUUGCAACUUAUCUCCUUUUUUAACACAGAGAACUAUAGAUAUCCUAAUACAUUGUAUCUUUUUACUCGAAUAGGACAAACUAAUUGACGAGUUGAAUCACACGUUGGUCGCCACGCAAGAAAGACUUGAACAAAAAGAAUUCGUUCUCGAUGAAAAAGAAAUAGAAAUUAUGGAAAGAGACGAACUUGUUGAGCAACUUCGAGAGAAAUUAGCAACUGCUGAACAGCUCUCAACCUUGCAAGAAAGUAAGAAUGCCGAACUAUUGGCGACAUUUGAGCAAGAGACUGCUGCGGACAUAGCAAAUUGGCGCGCGAAAUUAAAAUGUACAGGUAGGUCAAUACGUGAACAAAAAUCUAUAUACAGGCCUGUCUAUAUAUUGACACGCUAUAAACCGAAACGUCUCGUCUAGCUGGACGAAUAUUUCCUUGCUUUCAUAUGCAUUUUUUCAUCACGAUUGCAGAGAUUGAAAUUCAAUAAAAUGUCAAUGCAGUUCUAUAAUAUUUAGCGCUUGCAAACUUGUUACAUUUAAUUUUAAGUUCAUGUAUUCUGGCUAGAAUCUGGCCAUAAACUAAUUAAAGCAGCGGUAAUUGAGCGAGACACAACCAGACAUUGGUUUUGUUUCGCUGCCUGUUACGAACGAGAUAUUUCUAUCGCUUGUUUAUGCCCGAGAAUUUGGCCUGAAUGAGCGUGACAUCGCAAGACAAAUUGUCUCGCUGAAAUGAGACAAUUGUCACUCUGCUUUUACAGCGAAACAUGAACGAUAACAUAGCGAGGCAGAGCGAGACAAGCAACAGAAAUUCCUUUGUGUGCCAUGAAAUUGUGAGAUUAUUUAUAUCAUAUCCGGCGGAAAUUGAAAGAAACUGAGCACGACAAGGGCGUUACGUUAAAAAUUUAAUUUGUCGUGUCUCGGAUGACAAGGCGCGCAAUUUGAGUUGGUUUUAUUUUGCUGUACACACGAAUCGCUUUCAAGCAGCGAACCAUACACGGUCGGUCGAACAAGUGAAAAGUUGCGGAUUUUCAACAAUGAUCAUCGCUAUAUAUCGCGCUGCAUUCUCGGUAAUUCUUCAGCCAGGCGAAGUUGAAGUCAAAUGAUAGUCUCCCUCGCAAAGUUUCUGUGCGACUUUGAGAUUCAAGGCAUUGGCAAUAUAUGCAUUGGAGACAGUCUUCAAGUUUCUUCUAAAUCUAAGUAAUUAAUCUCAACGUUUGUCUGCUCUGUACAGAGUUUUGCGCGUGAUACCGCAACACAUAAUUUUUGUGUAUCGUACUAGCGUAUGCCAGCGUAUGAAAAAUAUCACUCGUACGUCGAUAUGCGCUGACGUACGCUAGGGGUACGUUAGGCAUAGGUUGUAUACGUUACGCGAUAAGCAUACUCUAGGCACACGCGGAAUACGCUAGAGGUACGCCAGAUGUAUGGUACUCAUACGCUGGCAUUUCUAAGGAUUUUUGUGCGCAUGAAAAUUAUUUCAUUAAUUUUCGAACGCUUCUCAUACGUUUCUCUCAUACGCAAUAGUGUGACAGGGCCUUAAAAACUUUAGAUAGAAAAACCUACAAAAUAUUCAAGGCCGAAAUAAAUCCGAUUUUCAUAUUUGUCACAAUGCAAUGGCGAAAUUAAGUCUGAAGCUGCGACCCGAAUAGUGACUUAGGUCUAGCUUUCAACCCUGUUGUUGUUUUUUUAGCCGCCGCUUGGCGCUUGCGGACAAAUCGACCGUUUACACGAGUCGCUCGCGACGGCCAUCUCAAAGCCGCAGCUUAUUUAAUAUUUUCGCUCAUAUAAAUGCAACCUCGUUCCCAGGCUUUUAGCCUGGGAACGAGGUUGAUACGAAUGGCCCUAAUGUCAAUGUAGAUAUAUACAUUUUAAUAUGAACUGGCCUUCAUAACUAUAUGUCUGUUAGUUAAACAAGUCGAUAAGGCUUUUAGUAAGCAAAAGCCCGUUGCAAUAGCGUGAUGUUCUUUCAAUCAAGUGGAGUUAUCUUGAAGUAUAAAAGUAAUUUAAUCGCUGUUGAUGGAAAAACAAAAUAUGCAUGAAAAUACUUGAACAAAAGCUAACUUUACAAAUGCAUUAGACAGUGCUGCCACUCAAUGGGUUAAUAUGGGGAGUUUUCUUCGCACAUUUGAGUUGCAUCCAUCACGAUUCAGCUCUCAGCUAGUCAGCUUGCAAGUAAAAAGGGGGGUAAACGCCCUCCACUCCUACUUUUACUUUUCUAUUUACCAAAGCCUUAUCGCUAAUUACUGUUCUUUUUUAUUGUUUUUUAUAGAAGAAGAAUUACAUCAAGCUAAAUGUGAAUCUGAAAAAGCCAUCGAGAAACUAACUCAUGAAAGAAAUGCUCUACAAGAGAAACUUCAGGAUUAUGAAAGUGUCGUUAGUAAGGAACAGUUGAGAGAGUUGUACAACACAAUGGAAGAGAAGUCCCAGAGGAUAGCUGACUUGGAGCAACAUUUGAAUGAAAUGAAUAAGAAAGAUUCAAAGAUUUGUGAGCUUCAAAUGGAAAUUGACAUACUUCAAGGUAUAAGAUGUGUUUUGGCUGAAAUGUAA